CAAAAGCAAGACUUUGACAACGACAGUGCUAGGUGCCAGGUGACACUGCAAAAAAUGGCGCGACCCAAACGCGAUACGGACAUGACCGCUUUGACAUUGGACAGUCUUCCUGCCGAGAUCAUCUUCAAGAUACUAGAGUUUCUGCCGAUUCGGGACAUCUUGUCCGUAGCCGAUCUGGGGCCCACUUGCAGACUUGGGUGGAUUGCCAACGACCCUUCCGUGUUCAGGAAUUUGACGUUGAGUAAAUGCUUCCAUCUUACUAGAGACACACUUAAACUCUUGCUUGCAAGACGAAGGGAUGACAUUCAGUAUUUGGACAUCUCGAACUGCUACUGGCUUGCACCUGAAGAUUUUGGAUCUUUAGACUUCCGAUUGCCGAACCUCAGACACCUCGACGCCCGUCAUACGCAUCUACCCUUCAAGACUCUUCACAAAAUUCUCGCACACACUAAAUCGCUGCGGAGUUUGUCUUACGACCAGACUUGUGGGGUGAAAAUUUGUGACAUCAGCCGAGCAGCCGUGAGGACGCUCCACAGGUUGAGAGAGUUGAACGUGGUGUACAUCCCUGGAAUAUGCGCCGGCAAGAACGGCGAACGAUCCCUCCUGGAGUACGGUAAAAAGUACAGGAAGUUGGAGGCCUUUGGCGUGGACGCCGGGUACACGGAGAAUGUCGACAUGGAAUGUUCGUGUGGCGCACGUCUUGAUGACGUCAUCCCGUUUGAGAAUCUCAAACACUUUAUGAUUGGGCAAGGCGCGCGCGAUGCGCACCGCAGGAGCGUGGAUUUUAACUUUGUCAGUCUGACAGCCAAUCAGUGUUCUGUGCUGUUCACAGACGGCUGUUUCAGGACCGUAAAGUCUCAAGGUGAUGAUCACCUGUCUGCCACAGCUCCUCAAGCUAAGAUAUUUUCACUGCAAAUGGUUCAUGUGCCCGACCUCAAACUGCCAUCAUAUCGAAGUCUCAGAUACUUGAAUAUUGCAGGGAGUGUUGAAUUCACAGGUUUGUGCACAGUGGCCAGAAACUGCCCCCUCCUGGAAAGCUUAAACCUCAGUUUCUGCAGAGAUGCUUUAAAAAAGGUUUACAAGUGCGAGGAGUGGACAGACCUCUCAGCUUUCCGCAUCUUUGCAGCAGCCAAGACUCCCCUAAAGCAUCUCAACAUCAGUGGCUUGCAUCCCCAUCUCCCAGACAAUGAGCUGUGCGAAGUGCUUGCACUACUGCCUGGUCUGGUAUCCAUCUCACUCCCUGUCUGUGGACUGCCAGAGAGGAAAGUCUCCGUACCCGUGGAUGGUUUGACCUUCAGUCAAAUACGAAGCAGAACUAGAAGCUGUGGUGCUGAAGAUUUUAAAUGUGACCACUGCUCAAGAAAUGAAUGGGGUAGCCCAGGUACCAGUAUCACAAAAGAGUCAACAAAGCAAGAGGUUUGCACCUACUGUACCAGUGACCUGUCCCAACUUGUCAAAGGCUGCAGCAAGAUACGAUCAUUCGAGCUCAUCAAGACGGGAUUCGCCUCCUUCUUGAGUCCAAGAUCUGCCUCCAAGGAUGAAGAUGUUAUAAGAUGUGGAGACAUCAUGGAUCCCGAGAGCACGCUUCUCUGCAUCUCAAGAUGGCGGCACCUCAACUCCUUGGUCCUUGCGGGACUACCCAGUAUAUUCCAUGGGCGGAGCCUAGUUGCCAUCACCCAGGGGUGUCCGGAGCUACGCAGGCUGUCAUUGGCUCAUCUCGGGCCACACCCGUAUGACCAGUGCUUAUUCAUGGAGGGGUUGUGUGAGGCCCUGAAAUACGCAAAAAGAUUGCAGGAUUUUAGACUUGAGCAACCCAAGCUUGUGGCCAUGCAGUCGUUGCUGCAGAGCUUACAAUGCUGCAAGCGACUGCAGAGAGUAUGCGUCAUAACACAGUGUGGCAGGAUUAAAGCUCUGGAGGAGCUAGAUGAUGUAAUGGACAGGUGCACGGAACUGGUGUGUCUGCAGGUGAUAUGUAACGCCUACUUUGAGCUCUGUGCAAAUUGGCAGCAAGCCUUACUCAACAAGUACAAGCCAAGCCGGCCAGCCCUACACGUACUCAUUGUCAGCUACAAGAAAUGCGAGGCCACUCGCUGGCGAGACGUCUGCAAUAAGAUCCCAUUCGUACACCUGGACGAGUUGACGCUGUUCCAGACCAGGGUUGCCACACAGGCACCCUCGUGGAGGGAGAUUAAGAAGAUCAGACAAAGGGAACACAUGGAAGACUGAAAAGGAUUGAUACCAGACUAGAAAACACAGAGGUUGAGAGUAACAAAACAGCUCAGAUAAAAUAAACUCUCA